CCUCAGCCUGGCCCUUGACCAGUCGGCGCCCUCUUAACCAGAAGGAAAGUCACAUAUAAAUCUCAAAAGAAACUUUCGUCUUCAAAUUACAAACUUCCAACAAAAUGGCCCGCACCAAGCAGACCGCUCGCAAGUCCACCGGUGGCAAGGCGCCCCGCAAGCAGCUGGCCACCAAGGCUGCUCGUAAGACCCCCGCCACGGGCGGUGUGAAGAAGCCUCACCGCUACCGCCCCGGUACCGUGGCACUGCGUGAGAUCCGCAAGUACCAGAAGUCGACUGAGCUGCUGAUCCGCAAGCUGCCGUUCCAGCGUCUGGUGCGUGAGAUCGCCCAGGACUUCAAGACCGACCUGCGCUUCCAGAGCCAGGCCGUUCUGGCGCUGCAGGAGGCCGCUGAGGCCUACCUGGUGGGCCUGUUCGAGGACACCAACCUGUGCGCCAUCCACGCCAAGCGUGUGACCAUCAUGCCCAAGGACAUCCAGCUGGCCCGCCGCAUCCGUGGCGAGCGCGCUUAAGCGUGCUGUGUGUCUCCGGAGGUUUUUCCACCAACAAUUCGGUGUUUCUCAACACCACAAUUACUUGAAGCGGAGACCAUGUCACCGGGCGGGGUGCAUUUGACAUGGCCAGCAAGCGACAUCCUGGCCCACGGAAGAGUGCGAUAUGUUGCUGAAACAGAUUAGGCGUGCACCAUCAAGGGCUGCCUAGACCAACCUAGACAUGCACCGGCAAGGUUUUGGUUUAUGGCGAGCAUAGCAUCGGUUAGGCAAUCUAGAUUUACUGCCGUUUGGUGUGUUGCCUGCUGUGCUCGUGCUUGACGCCUGGACACGCCUGGACACGCCUGGACACGCCUGGACAUAUGGCGGGCCUGUAGCAACCGACCCUGGGCAUGGGAGAAAGGUGACCGGGGCAGGUAGUGUUGACGUCUGAUCAUUGGCACCGGUAGUAUCGAAACCUUCGAC